AUGAUCAUGCUCAAGUUCAGGACUCUUCUUUUAGCCUGCGUUCUGAUCUUUUGCCAGAUAUACAUCUCACAGGCAGCUCCAUCCAGAAGUCGUGAAGAUCUCAAUGGAGAUGGAAUAACUCUAUCCAAUGACGAUAUUCAGAAGUUACUGAGAGCUAUUAAAGAGUUCAUGCAACUGGCUUCAGAUGAACAAGAACGCCAAACAGCUGAUGGAAGCAGCAACACAACAGCACAGAAGAGGGGGUGCAACACUGCCACCUGCGUCACCCAUCGCUUGGCUGACUUCUUGAGUCGAUCCGGGGGGCUAGGCCAUCGUAACUUUGUGCCCACUGGCGUCGGGGCGCAGGCGUUUGGCAAACGGAGGCGACGCAGCCCUGAGUGA